AUGUGCAUCCACUGGCUGACACAGUGCUUCUGGAACUAUCUGGACUGGACAGAAAUCUGCCAUUACGUUUGUACCUGUGUGUUGAUGGGUCCGGAUUACCAAGUGUACCUGUGUGUGGCCAUCUUUAAACACCUGCAGCCUGAAAUCCUGCAGCGGACACAGUCCCAGGAGCUGCAGGUAUUCCUCAAGGAAGAGCCAAUCUGGGGCUUCAAGUUCUGCAACUACCUGGACUUUAUGUUGGACCUGGAGCGCAGCUACAGAAACGUUGUUCUGACCGACAUGAAAAAUAUUAAAAACCCUGUUCAGUAAACUACRAAACAAUUUUUAUUCAUCGUUUUUUCAAACAAAUCAGAUAAAUUAACUUAAACUGUAAACUGUAUAAAGAUUGUUUGUGGUCAGUAAAUGUUAAAAUAUUCUGUAUUUAGAAAAUGUUUGUAUUAAAAUGUUGAAAUAUC